AUGAUUAGCAAUCUGUACCAGGCAACGGUUAUCCUGUGUUCGACGCUCUAUUUUAACAUUAACCAACGGGUAAUCGAAGCAGUGCAAACGCUGUGUAAUUUUGACGAUAAUGAAAACUACUGGAAUCGGAAUGUUCAACGAAAGUCGAAAAUUUGCACCAAAGUGUCUAGGGAGAUUGACCAGCUGUGCUACCUGCAUCGAAUCACUACCCAAGCAGCUCAACGAAUAACACGUAUUCUAAGUGUGUCACUAAUGUUGACUACAUUAUUUCAUUUCGUUGUUGUGAUAACAGAGGUUUACUACAACUACAUCAGUUUGGUGAGCGGCCUGCGAGCGGGACACUAUGACUUGUAUGUGCAGAGCUUGGCUUCACUGGGCUUCAUCAUUAUGUGCAUUGUGCAGUUCUACCAUUCUAUAUCGUUCAGUGGUCACAUGACCAAGCGGGCGGAAGCAACCGCGAUAUUCUUGAACGAAUUUUUUCUCUCCGAUGUCGAUCAGUGUGUUGAAAGAAGUAUUGAAAUAUUCACCCUCGAGAUGUUGCACCAUGACUACCGACUCCGGAUGUUCGACUGUUUUACGAUGGAUGGCACGCUUGCCUACGCGGCUGCCGCAACAAUGACGAGCUACCUAGUAAUGCUGAUACAAUUCGGAUUGGUGAAUCACUAAGCUACUCUAUCAGGUAGAU